GGUGUGGCUGACGUGUGCAACGUGGUGUCGCUGACGUGUGCCACGUUGUGUGGCUCGCUGACGUGUUCCAGGUAUUGUGGCCGACGUGUGCGUCGGGACGAAGGUGCAGUGUAUUACUGUAGCAGCGGUGCUCAUGGACCUUCCUUCGUCGACUUCGCGUUCGUUUUUGGGGAAGAGAGGAUUUAGCGAAGACGAGUGCGUAGCCCUGAGCGACCACGAGGAUGGAACAGCGUCCGGUCGGCGGUCGCCCGUCCGCAGGCGCCUCGGGGAGCAGAGGGAAGCAGACACCGACGAUGACGAAUCGUGCGUCUUCUCGAAGCUUAUCAGAGAGGGAGGUUGCACGCCGUCGCUUUCAGAAGGAGGUGGAUAUGUCGUUGAGAAUUCGAGGAAACUUCGUAACUUCUUGGAGGCAAGACUAGUGAGUUCAGGUCCCGAUCGCCUGCGCCAACAAUUCUUGAAGGCAUUAGAGAAACGACUCUCAGAUCCGGAGCUGCUGCGCAGGCUUCUUCUUCCUUUGGGCGGCGCGACUCACGGUCUCCUACCGACGGGUGAGAGCUUAGUGAGGAUUCUGCUGAACAUUCCCAUUCUCCAGUCUGUCCUCAUGAAGAUGUUGCUUGAGAAGCUUCCAGAGCACAUCACGGAGGCAGACGAGGACAGCGCACAGCAGCCCGACGCUCCGUUCACCUCUCCUGGGGGUGUUCCUGUCGUCUACAGCCUGCCCAGGCUCAUCAUCAAUCAAUUUCGAUGGUUGGAUUUUAUCAUCGACGGCCCUGCGCUGACGCGAAAGCUUCUCGAGAUCGUCCCCAUCUGCCCCUUGCUCAUCAAGAGGGAUAUUAUUGGAAUUCUCCCUGAGGUGAUCGUGGAUGCAGAUCAUGAGUUAGUGGUUCGCGCUCUUGAAGACCUGCUGGACGAAGAUACUCGACUGGUAGCGUCCGUGCUGGAUGCGUUUGCUAACCUUACGUUGGCAGAGGAGUUAACGCUUCAGGUUGUUUUCAAGGCGAUGAACAGUCUCCGGACAGCGGAUGCAGACGAUUUGCCAGUGGUAGUGAGGUUUCUGCUGCAAUCAACUACCCCCUGCACCUUCAGAGAGGUCGUUCAAGAAAUUCGGCGAAAUCUUAACUUCCUUACUUUCGAAAAUCCGUCAGAGUCGAGCAAAACUGCAAAGUGGAAACAAAAAGCAGUGUCAGCAUACAGCGAGGCUCUCGUGCUCGAAGCAAUACGCUAUGUUCUAAGGUUUCGAAAGGAGCUUUGCGAUGUAUUUUUGAAGGAGAUCAAGGCAGUCGAGCGCCAAAAGAACCACAAAGUCAUAGACUUUUGGGUGCUACUGGUUGUGCAUGCGAAUGGCGGACUGCACCGAAAAGCAGCGGAGACGAUCUUGCGAAAGAAAAUCGUUCAAGGACAACUGGGUGACUACCUCCUGCAGUCAAGCAUACACAAGAAGGCAGAGUCCUUAAAGGAUUAUUUCCCAACUUUGCUCAAUAUCAGUGAAACAUUUAUGAGGGCACGAGAGGCAGCUGUUCGACAGUUUGCAUGCAAAACAUAUGCUCUCCUUUUCGAGUCGUUUGCCGAUUCUUAUCAUCGCCAAGAGGUACUGGCUGCUCUCAUAACUCAUACUGGGUCUGUAAAUAAUGAAGAAGUGGGGCCUUCAAUGGAGACUCUUGUCUCGUUGGCGACAACUUUCCCACAUGAGCUUCUGCCAUUUGCAAAUUUCAUCAAAGGAAUAUUGGACUUCCUGGAUGGAUUCAAAGACAGGAAUCUUCAUCAGGUGUAUGACUUAUUUAGCCGUCUUAUGGUGGCUGGCAAAGUGCAACCUGGAUCCUGCUCGGAAUCCUCAGUUGGGGAGGACCUUACCAUCACCAUUCAAAAGCAGAUAAAACACCCUGAUGUGAAGUACCGCUACAUGGGCAUAAUUGGUGCAGUUAAGCUGGUGGAACAUCUUGGUUCUUUAGAUGGACCUACUGGGAGCAAUGGACAGGUUGACAUGGUGGAUGAAGCUUUGUCCCUGGUACAAGUUGCAGUUGAUUCAUGUCAAUCCAUUCCUACUGCUCGUGCACUACUGUACAGCGAGCUUGCUGCCCUUGUUGAGCACAGAAAACUCGCUCCAAAAGUUCUAGAAUGGAUCUCUUCAUGUUCGAAUGAGCUCGAAGUUUUAUUUCUGGACAACUUAGUUGAUGGCAAACCAGAACACGAAUACAGUGACUUUGGCAAUUUGGAGGGUGAAAUUUGGAUGAAUCUUGAUGGUGAAGAGGCACCAGUCCUGCUGAAUGCUCUCCCAUUGCUUGUGGCUGACAAUGUCAGGUCAGCACAAAGGCUUACAUUUUUACCGGCAAUGUUCCAACUCAUGGCAGCGGUGGAGCGAGCUAUAAGUAAUGGUUCAAUGGACAACAUUGAUGCACUUCUCGGCUGCCCACUAAAUAUGUUUGAUUACAAGGUCUUGGCACCGGAGGCAUGGCGAAAGCUCAGCCGGCACGAAAAGGAGACUGUUUGCCUUGCUCUGUUCUUUGCAAUCAACUGGUUCCGAGAGCUGCUGAAUUCUUUCUCAACACAAGUUCAAGGAUUUGGAGACCGUCUGACUCAGGCAACCAUGGAGGAAACCUCAGUUAAGCUUAUCAGUCGUCUUCGCAACAUCGUAGUUCUUGAGCACUAUCUGAAUGUGUGCUUGAAGUCACUUCCUCCUUCAUUUUCUCUUCCAGAUCUCAAUAAUCCUCUUGGAGACUUGCAUCCUUCGGCUGGCUCAGAUCCAAACACUGCUGCUGGCAUUGAUGAUGCCAGAAAAAGGGGGAAGACUGAGGAUGUGAAGCGUGGAAAACCGGGGAGGCCAAAAUCCAAGGGGGUUGAGCACGACGAGAAUGUAGCACCAUCAAAAAAUGCCCAGAAAAGCAAGAAGGACGAGGAUACAGGAUCUCAGAAGGCAAAAAGACAGCUCACGCUUGCAGAAACUCUGAAGAGAAGUUCGGCAACUCAGGAUGGUGAAAGUGGAAGAGAUGUUGGCGAGACGACCGGGGGAGGAAUGAUCAAGAGUUCAAAGGAGAAAGAAAGCAGUGGCAAUGGUGAAGGGGCAUCUGUGGAAGUGCAGAGGGAGAAAAUGAGACCACUGAACUUAUCAGCAAUGACAAUUUUGUCGCUGCAAAAGAAGUCUGUUGGAAACUGUUGCCCUGACCCAGCAGCCCAGGUAGUGAUGUUCAACGUCCCAAGCCCUUGUUAUGGUUUUUGGGUUUUUUGAACUGCUUUCCUUGUGGACCUAAAAUCAGUAUCUACUAUCUAGGGUAGCUUCACCUCAUGUCCAGCUUCUUGUGUUUUCAUGUUCGGAAAAGA